GUACAACAGCGAUGUAAAACUUUUUUGCUGUUUAUUAUCUUUAUCUUCAUCAUUUAAAAAGCCUAAGCACUUUUACUUGAUUCUGUAGGAUUUUUUCUUGGCUACAUACAAAAAAUUCCGUAGCGGUUUUUGACAGCCAUAUAUCGGCUCUGCAGCCCGUUCUUGUAAUAUUUGUUUUUUUAUUUUAUUUUGUUUCAUGAUAAAUGGAAUAGCCGAAUGCGAAUCAAUUUUUGAAUUUUGUAGAAUCUAAACAGCAAUUGCAAUUUAUUUCACAAAACCCUUCCGGCGAAGCAGAAGUAUUUUACAGGAGACAGCACUUUUUUUCCGGCAGUAGCAGUACGAGGAAGAUGAGCCCAGUUUUUUCCGGACUUUAUUUCUUCGUCUUUUGCACUGCUCUGCUCUGCGGAAAUUAUGCUCCUACCUCGGUGCUGGCGCUUCAGAGCAUCAGCGUUGCGGCACCGGAUGCUGGUCAGCAUGUUGCCAAUGCCCGCCUUCUCCCUGCCGGCGCAGAAGAUCAUGGCAAGAAUCAUACCAUUAAAUCCCGCAGAAGGCAUUUCAUGGAGCAAAUUUACGGAUUUUUCAGUUUUCUUCACGGUGAUAGUAGCGGAAGCACCGACGGUGAAGGAGAGGAAGUGCAGGAUUAUUUCUGGGUAGGAGAAGUAGAUCUUUAUAGCACGACUGGCGUCACAGAGGCAAAGGACAGUAAAAAUUCCGCACGACCGAAGAACGAACUACUCGACAUCGCAGCGGAAAUUUUGGAUUCAGAAGAGGAAGGAAAGUUUUUCUUCGACCUAUUUCCGGAAGAAUUGUGGGUUCUCGAGCCUGUCGAAGAGAAUACCGAUCCACAAGUUUUUGUUUCUUCUUCCGCAAUAGAUCCAGAAGAUGCACCAGCAGCUGCAAUAGGCCCAGUGGCAGCUCCUGUAGGUGCUCUUCGGGCAAAUCAAAACUACCCAGACGCCCACGCUUAUGUUGGAGCAACAGGUGGACAUCAGGUGAGAAGUGCAAAUCUAGAUAGUACAACUUCCCCUGCGGUUGAUAGCGAUGCAGGUGGAGGUGCUGCUUUGUCUCUCGCGGGUGAUGAACAAGCAGAAGCCCUCCUCCCCGGGAUUGCCACGGCUUCGGAGCCGGGAAGUAAUACUCACCAGCUGCCUCCUGCUACUCCUGGUCCUGCCACAG